UCCCCACCACACUUAAUCCAGAUAGAGCAUUCUCCUCGCGUUUUUCUGCAACGCACUCUGCUCAAUUCGUCAUUGUCAGUACCUCUAGAAUUUUUCACUGUUACUCAGCUCAAUGGAGUCUAUUCUCGCAGCAGGCAAGACCGUCGGAGACUACAUCGUCGAAAAUCCUGGGAGGACCGCCCUAUACGCCGCCCAAGGAGUCGCAAUUAUCGCGCCAUCUGUGGUUUUUACACCAGUACUGGGCGCAGUAGGCUUUGGAGUCGCGGGUCCAAUCGCAAACUCCAUCGCAGCUGGUUGCCAGACCGCUACUACGGCGACCGGCAGCAUCUUUGCUGUGGCCCAAAGCGCUGCUAUGGGAGGAGCUGGGACUGCGACUGCAGGGUUGAUCACCCAGGGAGUCAUCGUUGGAGGUAAUGCGGUGGUGCGCGGUGGACAACUUGCAGCGCGCUUCUGGCGCUGGGCCUAGGGCUUACGAGAUAUGCAACAAACAUCGAGCGAUGUUCGGCUGCUGGGGUGGAGAUUAUGUUACUUUAUAUGAACGUGUGCGACGAGUAGCAAUAUAUGCGACUCUUGUUACGGGUGUUGAGAUAGAGAUGGAUGGGUUGAGAUGAGGUCGUCACGCUUGUGGGAGACUGCCCCAUAGCUUCCGAAAUACAGAUCCUACAUACAUCCAGGCCCACUGGCACGGUCACAGGCACAUCAUUCAACAAUCCUGAUCUUUUUUUCUGAGCUUAGACUCUUAUUUUAGUAUCGGGUG